AUGGGCAAGAAACGACAUCAAAGCUUCAAGCCGUUUCAAAGCAGUCCCUCUUUGCAAGCUCCAAAGCCCGCCGUCUCUGUCAAUGAGAGACUCGAGCAAUUGAGGCUUGAAGCACGCGGAAGCCGGCCUAUCGCGGCAUCUGUCCUCGCUCAUUCUCGGUCUGGGCCCGCCCUACCAGCUCAUCCUGAUAUUGCUUCAUUUCUUGGACUACAAUACCAAGAACCACAAGCUCGUGCAAAGCCUAAAUCGAGAGGCCAUUUAGCUCCAAAAAGCUGGACGACACCGGGACAUUUGCGCUCAAGCUCUCGUCCACAAUCAACCACUCGCAUUUAUGCCGGGUUGAAUAGACUAUCCGAUCUAUGUCUGUACUGCAUCAAGGGCCACAUCAAUCACAUGACAGGCCUUGGCUUGCACUACUUGCCACCGCAUCUCAAAGCACGGCUCCUAACUAAUUUGGAUGGACGACGCAUCAGCGGUCACGCACUGCAGGACCUUGUGCCUAAUGAAGAGGAUGAGAUUGAGCAUCUCAAUCUGACGUGGCUCUCAGAUGUACCGAUUGGCGUGUUGAGCAAUAUUAGUGAGCGCGACAUUGCUCGAGUGCUGCGAAGGUUGACAUCACUGCGGCGACUGACCAUCGACGCGCCACAGCUCGAGCACUUCUACAUGUAUUUACCAAGAGUCGUGGAACAUCUGUCAUUAGGCGUAGGUCAAUCAGAUACAGGAUUGCCAAGUUGGUCUGCCAUCGGGACGCACUUCUUGUCGCUUAAAAGUCUUACAGUCGUGGACCCCGGUUCUGACCUGUUGGAGCGAUUGGCGAGUAUCGAUUGGAAAGGGAGCUUGCGCACGAUACGUACUCUCUACAUUGGAUGGUCAAACACUCUUGAAGUGGAACAAGACGGUGGCGAAGCGCCUCGUUACCGACAAAAGCAGCCUGCAGGUGAUUUUGGAAUUCUGCUGCAAUCAUGGGCAUCUAAGAUACGAGCUCAGCGCUCGCCGGGUCAUCACCUUGAAGUUGUCUAUGGAAGUGUCUCUCUACAAUAG